GCGAGCAGACCCGGAAGGAAAGGGAUGAUCACGACCGCUGACCCUUGUCCUGGUGCACGCCUUGUUAAUUAUAUAUGGAGGAUACGCUUCAAGUCAGCAAGACCUUCUUAUCCAACUAUUGAUGAUCUUAUAACCCCUGAGGAGAAGGACAAACUAUUCACUGCUAUUGGUUACAGCGGGAGCAUGCAUAACUUGACUUUGCCCAAGAAGUAUGUUGCCUAUAUAAUGACCUUGAAGUUGGUAAGCACUUCUAUUGUAAUCAGAGAAAACAAAAAUAUUCCUGAAAUCCUAAAAAUCCAGAUCAUUGGCCUGGGCACCCAAGUAUGCCAGCGACCGGGAGCACAAGCCCUUAAGGUAGAAGCAAAGUUAGAACACUGGUAUAUCACAGGUCCGAGACAGCAGGAUACUGUGCCAUCCCUUGUGGCUUCCAUUGGCGACACUGCAUCAUCCUUGCUUAAAAUUGAGUUUGAAACCAAUCCAGAGAACAGCCUUGCUGACCAGACGCUGACCGUCCAGUCCCAGCCCGUGGAGGUCAUCUACGAUGCUAAAACCAUCAAUGCAGUGGUUGAUUUCUUUCAGUCAAAUAGGGGAUUGGAUCUUGAGCAAAUAACAUCAGCUACUUUGAUGAAGCUGGAAGAAAUUAAAGAGAGAACAGCUACUGGACUUACACAUAUAAUUGAGACUCGAAAAGUUCUUGAUUUAAGGAUAAAUCUGAAGCCUUCUUAUCUAAUAGUUCCACAGACAGGCUUCCACCAUGAAAAGUCAAAUCUUCUCAUUUUAGAUUUUGGUACAUUUCAGCUCAACAGUAAAAGUCAAGGUCUACAGAAGACUACCAGUUCAUCUUUGGAAGAAAUAAUGGAUAAAGAAUAUGACAAGUUUGAUGUUGAAAUAAAGAGUGUGCAACUACUCUUUGCAAGAGCAGGGGAAAACUGGAAGAAGUGCCGUUUUCAGCACCCGUCCACUAUGCAUAUACUGCAGCCCAUGGAUAUUCAUGUGGAGCUAGCCAAGGCGAUGGUAGAGAAGGACACGAGAAUGGCCAGAUUUAAAGCAUCAGGAGGACUUCCUUUGAUGCAUGUGAGGAUUUCAGACCAGAAGAUGAAAGAUGUGCUGUGUUUGAUUAACAGUAUACCUUUGCCACAGAAAUCAUCAACUCAAUCUCCAGAGAGACAGGUAUCGUCAGUUCCUGUUGCUUCAAGUGGGACAAAAGUUCUCCUUGGUACUUCAUUAUUGCUGAGUGAAAUGGAUUCAGAGUCUGACGAUGAGUAUUUCGACGCUGAAGACGGUGCCUCCCAGGUGCCUAGAGGUGCGCCAGGCUCCGAACCCCGAAAGGCUGCGGAGGUUCCGAACGAGGCCCUCGUUAAUCUUCUGCUCAAGUUUGAAGUUAAAGAAGUAAUUUUGGAAUUUACUAAACAACAGAAAGAAGAAGAUACAAUUCUAGUAUUUAAUGUUACUCAGUUAGGAACAGAGGCCACAGUGAGAACUUUCGACCUAACUGUGGUGUCUUAUUUAAAGAAGAUCAGCUUGGAUUACCAUGAAAUUCAAGGAUCAAGAAAAAAGCCCCUUAACUUGAUUAGCUCUUCUGACAAACCUGGGUCAGAUCUUUUAAAAGUAGAGUAUAUUAAGGCUGAUAAGAGUGGACCUAGUUUUCAAACCACUUUUGAAAAAACUGAACAGACAUUUAAGAUGAUUCUGAAAGACAAAACAUGACCUUGAAGGCCAAGAUCACAGACCCGGAAGUGGUGAUUGUGGCCAGCCUGAGCAGGGCGGACGCUCCUGCGCUGUCGGCCUCCUUCCAGUGUAAGCUCUGUGUGUCUGCAUCUGGGCUGGAGCAGGUGACGGAGGCAUCCAUCAAAGACCUGAGAGUGCUCGCUUGUCCUUUCCUCAGAGAGAAGAGGGGGCAAACCAUCACCACAGUCUUGCAGCCAUGCUCUUUAUCUAUGGAAAAAUGUACCUGGGCCUCGGGAAAACAGAAUAUCAAUAUUAUGGUUAAAGAAUUUAUAAUUAAGAUUUCACCCAUCAUUCUGAAUACUGUGAUGACAAUAAUGGCUGCCAUGUCUCCAAAGACGAAAGAGGAUGAAUCGAGAGACACAUCCAAGGAAAUGGAAAGUCUUUGGGAUAUCAAGUCUAUUGAUGAUUAUAAUUCUUGGUUUCUUGGUGUUGACAUGGCAACCGAAGCAACAGAAAGUUUCAGAGCGAUGGAUCAUCCACUGAUAGUGGAAAACUGUGCUGUUGCUGUGGAAUCGGUCCAAGUCACUCUAGAAUGUGGCCUUGGGCACCGAACUGUGCCUUUACUAUUGGCAGAGUCCAAGUUUUCAGGAAAUAUUAAGAAUUGGACUUCCCUGUUGGCUGCUACUGCUGAUGUGACACUGCAGGUUCACUAUUACAAUGAGAUUCAUGCUGUGUGGGAGCCAUUGAUCGAGCGAAUAGAGGGGAAGAAACAAUGGAACUUAAAGCUUGAUGUAAAGAAGAACCCGAUCCAGGAUAAAAGUUUGAUACCAGGAGAUGAUUUUAUUCCUGAGCCCAAAAUGGCAAUUUAUAUUUCUUCAGCAGACACAAUGAAUAUAACAAUAUCCAAAACGUGUCUCAAUGUUUUCAGCAAUUUAGCAAAAGGUUUUUCGGAGGGCACUGCUUCUACUUUUGAUUACUCUUUAAAAGACAGAGCUCCGUACGGUCAGAAAUGCUGUAGGUGUUCCCAGGAAGGUGCAGCUCAGUCGUAACCUGAGAGUGAUGGGCUCCCCAGGGAAGAGCGAUGUCUAUGGUGUGGAUGCCGGUCAGCAUCUGGAACUGGAGUAUGCCAGCACGGAACCUUCCUCUCAAGGGAAGCUGUCUGUGCUGAGCCGUCAGGAGAGUUCCUUCUUCACGCUGACUUUCGUACCACAUGGAUACACAGAGGUUGCCAAUGUCCCUGUUGCCCGACCUGGAUGGCAGUUGUACAAUGUGCGGAAUCCCCACGCCAAUUACUCAGACUCCAUCUUGGUACAGAUUGAUGCCACCGAAGGGAAUAAAGUCAUCACCCUCCGCUCUGCGCUGCAGAUUAAAAACCACUUCUCUGUUCCAUUUAUUAUCUAUAAACUGGUUAAGAAUGUUAAACUUCUGGAGCGCAUUGGAACAGUCAGCCCCGAAGAGGAGUUCCAUGUCCCUUUAGAGUCGUAUAGAUCUCAGUUGUUUAUCCAGCCAGCUGGGGACUUAGAGCAUCAGUACAAAGAGUCGACCACCUACAUCCCCUGAAAGGAGGAGCUGCACAGGAGCAGUUCCGUAACAGGCAGGCUGCAGUGUCCGGCGGUGCAGCGCAGCUUCCUGCCGCUAGUUGUGAACACGGUUGCCGAGCCGGACGAGUUGAGCCACAUCAGCGCACACGGGGAGGAUUGGAACCCAGCGUACAUCAUUCACCUCUACCCUUCUCUCACACUGCGGAAUCUGCUCCCCUAUUCCCUAAGAUACUUACUGGAGGUGUGUCUCUUGUAUUUGGUUUGGAUUCCAGCAUUGCACAAAGUGAAUUCUAGUUUAUUUCGUGGUAUUUUUAGCUGAAGUCAGUGUUUUGUAUACCAUACUUACAGUGUUUUAAAAGUGUUAAUGAAAGCAAGACUGGAACUAGCAUCUGCUUUGUGUUAGGCACUGUCCUGUGACUUCACAUGUUUAAUCCUUCUAUGGUGGAUAUUAAUGAACCUCUGUACUGCUGGGGAAACUGAGUCAUGCAGGGGUUACAUAGGCGGCCAAGUCUCACAGCUAGUCAGUGGAAGAGCUGGGAUUUAUGCCUGUGUGGUUUGGCUCCUUGUUCUUUACCACUUUCUCUGUUGCAUCUGCCAUAAAUUUAAGAGCCAUUAUUAUUACUUUAUUAAUUUAAGUAAAAUUUUCAUUAUUUGCAAAGGAGAAAAUCUAAUGAGAAUAUUUCACCUUAAAGUUUUACUUAUGUAUUUAUGAGUCAGUAGCUCACUUAGUAGUGCUGGCUGGCCUUGAAUUCACUGUGGACUGAGACUCACAGUAAUCCUCUUGCCUCAGCCUCCCAAAGUACUGGGUUACAUAAAGUUUUUAUUCUAAAGUUAAUAUUACAAUUAUUUAGUCCAAGGUUUCUACUAAAAAUAACAGAAUUACUGUCUUGGGAAAUAAUAAGCAGCAUUUUGUAGCAGUGGUAUAUGGUAAAUAUUUUAAAGUUUGUACAUACUAUGUUAUAUUAAGAUGCAGAAACUGUAAUAUCAGGUCUUGGAGUAUAGCUCUGUAGUAAAGAGUUCGCUUUAGCAUGUGAGAGACCUUGAGUUCAAGCCCGAGCAUGGUGCAAAAAACAAAAAAAACUGGUUACCUAUGUUGUUAUUUUCUGUUACCUAGUCAUGAACUAUUUCUGAAUUAUGCAGUUAAUUAAAUCAACUGAAUAGUGGAUAAAGAGAAGAAUAGUUUAUAAAUAAAAAGUAUAAAAUAAUAA